AUGGCCACUCAACACAACGAUCGCGUCGACUUCAGAAUGGGCAACCUCCAGACUGCCCUGACAUAUACCCCGCAGCCCUCGGGAGACUUUCCGUCUCCCAAGGCCGCGGAAGCGGCAGACUGGCUGGCCCACAUUCUCUCCAAGAAUGAAACGGGCCAGUUUAUGAGUCCGGCAACGCGAGCCCGCGCUGAGAGGCUUCAUCACCUCUGUUCCGAGUCCGUCUACUGGCCUCUGUCAGAUCUGGUGAACCCUGCCCUGGACGCAGUGAAAUACGGCCGCCAUGAGAUUGAGUCCCUUAUCCGCAUUAAUGGACGCAAUAAAGCAGCGGGCCUGAAGUGGAACUGCAUGGCCAAGGACUACAUCGUCACCCGUUACGCCCCGUACUCGAAGGAGAUCGAGAACAAGCGCCGGAAGAUGGAGAGUCAGACAUGGAGACAACUCUUUAACGGUCGCAAAUCAGUCGGCCCUAUCGUCAAGUGUCCCUACGAGACCUCGGCCAUCUUCGCUGUCAUGGAUUGGGUCGACAUUGACCGCAUCCUCGACUUCGAGACGCGCGAGAACUCACGAUGGACCGAGUACCCAGGCAUCUCAGCUUUUGUCGACUUCUCGACGAAGAUUCCAGGGAGACAGCCCCCUUCGAAGUUGACCAGCUACCUAGAAGACGUAGCCAAGGCGCAUGGCGACUUGAAUUGGGGAAAGGUGCGGAAGUUCAUCAAGAUGUACAUCGCGCAGCGAUAUCCGGCGUCUUCCAACUUGUACACGGAGACCGAUUGGUUCGAAAGCCCCUUGCUGUUCUCCGACAUCCCCAACAGGCGGUACGAGAUCCAGAAUAGGACAUCGAGUCCUGCGGGCAGCAAUUCCGAGAACUCGAACGAGGCGCAAGGCCAGAGGGGCCAGAAAUUCGACGAAGACUCCCGAGCCCUAUCGGAGUGGACUCCGAGUUGCUGCUCUGACUACAAGGUUCUGGCGAUUCGGGCAAUGGGUGCCUUUUAA